AUGUCUGCCGAUCCUCGGAGACGACCGGCGCCUGCUCAGUCUGCACCUCCACCACCACCUCCACCGCCUCCUCCUCCAGCCGACGCUCAACCAGACUCAUCUGUACAGAGGGUGGACGGCGUCAGUGAUCAAAACACAGCACAAGAGGCCAAAGCUGAGGAGAGCUUCAAGCUGCGCUUCUGCACCGUAUGUGCCAGUAACAACAACAGAUCGAUGGAAGCACAUCUACGCCUCGCCGGCAGCGCCCAACAAUAUCCCACCAUCUCCUUCGGCACUGGCUCGCUAGUCCGUCUGCCUGGCCCUUCAAUCACACAGCCAAACAUCUACAACUUCAACAACACCUCAUACGACAGCAUGUACCGCGAGCUUGAAGGCAAAGACGCUCGUCUCUACCGCGCAAACGGUAUCCUACCCAUGCUCGAUCGCAACAGAAACAUCAAAUGGGGUCCUGAACGUUGGCAAGAUUGGAGGAUUGGAUACCCGCGUGUAGGCAAGAGAUACGCCAACGCACCCAUUCCUGGCGACCCUGUCUACACCAAUGACAUGGGCGCCCAAGGUACAGAGUCAGGCACAGUGGACAUCGUCAUAACCUGCGAAGACCGCUGCUGGGAAGCCGUUGUUGAUGAUCUACUAUCACGAGGAAGUCCGCUCAAUCGCCCUGUCCACGUCUUCAACGUCGAUAUUAAGGAUAAUCACGAAGAAUCUUUGGUCGGCGGCAGGGCUAUUCUUGAGCUUGCUGAUGAGCUGAAUGCUGCUGCACAAGACGAGAGGAAGAUCCACGCUGAGAAGACGGGCAGUACUGAAGGCUUCGAUGCUGCUACUGGAGGUUCAAGAGACGGGUUUGAUGCAAGGGUUCCCAUCAUCUUAGGAGAGUGGCAGGAAAGAUGGCCCCAUCAUCCUGCUCUGUGGACUCUAGCUUGGUUCUAG